GCCGACCCCUCCGGAGCAUGCGGGUCGCGGAGCGGGUGGCCGGGGGGCGCGCGGGGCAGCCGGGGCCGACGCUCCUCGCCCCGGGCGCGGCCCCGCGGCCGCCGCCGCUGCUGCUGCUCCUGGCCGUACUGCUGGGCUGCGCGAGUGCGCAGUACUCCAGUGACCUGUGCAGCUGGAAGGGGAGCGGGCUGACGCACGAGGCACACAGGAAGGAAGUGGAGCAGGUGUACCUGCGCUGCUCGGCCGGCUCUGUAGAGUGGAUGUACCCGACUGGGGCUCUCAUCGUGAACCUGCGGCCCAACACCUUCUCGCCUUCCCGACACCUGACUGUGUGCAUCAAGCCCUUCAGGGACUCCUCGGGGGCGAAUAUUUAUUUGGAAAAAACUGGAGAACUGAAACUGCUGGUGCGGGAUGGAGACAGUGACCCUGGCCGGGUGCAGUGCUUUAGCCUGGAGCAGGGCGGCCUGUUCGUAGAGGCAACACCCCAGCAGGACAUCAGCAGGAGGGCCACCGGCUUCCAGUACGAGCUGAUGAGUGGGCGCCGGGCGCUGGACCUGCACGUGCUGACCGCCCCCUGCCGCCCUUGCAGCAGUACUGAGGUCCUCCUUGCCGUCUGCACCAGCGACUUCGUUGUCCGAGGCUCCAUCCAGGAUGUCACCCAUGUGCCAGAACACCAGGAGUCUGUCAUCCACCUGUGGGUGAGCAGGCUCUACCGGCAGAAAAGCAGGGUCUUCCAGCUGGCUCCCGAGGGGAGUGGACACUGGCAGGGCCAUGUCACAACGCUGCUGGAGUGUGGUGUGCGGCCGGGGCAUGGGGACUUCCUCUUCACCGGCCAUAUGCACUUCGGGAAGGCGCAGCUUGGCUGUGCCCCUCGCUUCAGUGACUUCCAAAGGAUGUACAGGGACGCAGAGGAGAGGGGGCUGAACCCUUGUGAGAUUGGCACCGAGUGAGCGGCAGGGGCCUGGGUGCUGCCCACCUUCUGAGGAGCUCCUGCUGGCCCUAGUGGUGGAGGGCUGGGGCCGGGGCUGUAGGCCAGGUGCUGUUCUGGCCUGGCUGCCAGCUGUGGAGGUACGUGCUGCUCCAGCCCCACGAGGUCCUAGCCACGCAGGCCCUGACUGAUUGGAAAUGCUGUAAAAUGCAAACUAAGUUAUUAUUUUUUUUGUAAAAAAGAAUGUCCAUAGGAAAUGCUCCUGUGUCUGAAGAUGCCUGCGUGUGCCGUUCAGUACUGUGUUUUAAAAUCACCCUAAGCCACUGCACUGGCCUGGGUGUUGGUGAGGGGCCGGGUGUGGGUGUGCACAGCGUCAGUGAAGCCCGCACACCGUUCAGAGCUGUUGUUCCUGUGACUGGAAUUUACGGGGCCAAAUGUGUACGUCUCCUUUUGUUGUUGUCCUGUUUUGUUUUCGCUUUUUGAAGAACAAGCUCUGGUGCCGUGGGCUUCCCAGGCUGCAGACCAUGUCUGCUGCAGGGAAUAAAGACCAGAUCUGACCCACA